AUGCGUGAGAUUGUUGACAUUCAGGCUGGACAGUGCGGCAACCAAAUUGGUGCUAAGUUUUGGGAAGUUAUAUCUGACGAGCAUGGUGUAGACCCAACUGGAACUUAUCACGGCGACUCCGAUCUCCAGUUAGAACGCAUCGAUGUCUAUUACUAUGAGGCCUCUAAUGGAAAAUAUGUUCCCAGGGCUAUUCUAGUGGAUCUCGAACCCGGAACCAUGGACAGCGUUCGUGCUGGUCCCUUUGGCCAAAUUUUCCGCCCUGACAAUUUUGUUUUCGGGCAAAGCGGCGCUGGCAAUAACUGGGCGAAGGGCCACUACACGGAGGGUGCUGAACUGAUGGACUCCGUCCUCGAUGUGAUCCGUAAGGAGGCUGAGUCCUGUGACUGUCUGCAGGGUUUCCAGCUCACCCACUCUCUCGGUGGCGGCACGGGGUCU